AUGGACAUGGACAUGGACAUCGCUGCCCGUCUUGUGCAGGGGCAAAGCUUAAGACCGAUCCACAGCCACAAGUGUGCAGCCAUUCCUUUGUGGUCGCUGGUGGACAUCAUGUGGGUCAACGGCAAUGAAAGCUUCGCUUCAGAUAUUUACCAGUUGUUCGCCUUGGUGCUGCAGGUCAUCGAUAGAAAAAGCAUAUUUUAUUACAAUCCCGACAGGCUGGACUGUGAGUGGCAGCGGUUGCAGCAACACAGCAACUUAACCAACCAGCCACAGUGGGUGUGGCAAAGUCGGAUGCCCUUUACCCAACUGAAAGAGCAACAGACCAGCGAGCUGUUUGUUUUUGCCUGCUUGUCAGCGAGCUUAGAAGUGAAUGAGCUGGCUGGAUUGUCUAAGAGUCUAAAUCACUUGAGAGACGCACCUGUGCUUAUUGAGCUUUUUGACAGCACCUCCAUCCAUCGAUCGGACAAGGACUAUUUGGCUACUCAAAUGCUAACGUAUUGCCUGAAUAAUGCGAUGCUCAAUGUGGCGCUCUAUUUUCAGCAAGACAGAAGUGAUUUAACUCUCUACAGUUUCCUAGCGUUUCCUAGUUAUACGCUGAUCAAGCGAAAAUUCCUCAAUUCCAAAUUAACUGGAGAAGAAAAGGAACUGUUUCCUAAUCAGUUGGCUAAUCUUAGAGGCUACCCGUUGCGCGUCAUGCCUGAUUUUUCGGAACCAAAUUCUAUAUUGUAUCGCGAUGCAAACGGAGUGGCGCAUAUUUCGGGAUACGUAUGGCGCAUGAUGGAGGCCUUUGCUAAGAAACAUGGGGCCAAUAUCACGGCACUGUAUCCGUCUUGGCGGCCGGGAAGAAAUCUAGGCGAGUUCUAUAUGCUGGAGUUCACAAGAAAUGGAAGCGUCGAUUUCGGCCUACUCACUGUACAAAUGACCACAAAGUUUUCGAGCAGGUACUAUCAGUAUUCAUUUCCCAUAUUUUACGCCGGCUGGUGCAUUAUGUUGCCAAUAGAGCGUCACAUAGAGCUGAGUGCAAUGUUUAUGAGAAUCCUGAAGCCCAAAGCACUGGCUCUACUUCUCACCACUUUGGGCGCCUGUUACCUUUUGCUCCAUCUGGAACGUGUCAUCGUUCCAUCUUGGCUUCAUUGCUAUUUACGUAAUAUGCGCCUUGUGCCCUGGUUACUAGCUCCACUAGUGCUGUGUGCCUGCCAGGCACAGAUGUUUUCGCUUAUCAAAAUAUGUCCAAUGAAAGCACCCAUCGAUAGCUUCGACGCCCUGCUAGCAUCGGAUCUGCGAAUAUUUGGUAUACGUGCAGAGUUUGAUAGCUUAGACGGAGCUUUUCGUGCCAAAUAUGCAGCAGCAUUCAGGCUGACUGGAAAUGUCACCGAAUUGUUUCAGCUGCGAAACAGCUUCAACGUUAGCUGGGCAUAUACAAUCACACACAUUAAGUGGGUCGUAAUGAAUGAGUUGCAGAGCUACUUUCACAGACCUCUCUUUCGUUAUUCGGACCUGUGUUUGUCACAGAACUAUCCCUUCAGCAUCCUGCUGGCCGACGAGUCCGUAUACCGGAAAACUUUGAUGAUGUUCAGUUUGAGAGCUCGCUCAUCGGGCCUGAUUGAUUACUGGAUGCGAAAUAGUUUCAUUGAUAUGGUAAAAGCUGAACGCAUGAAGAUCAAGGACUACAGCACGCCCAACCAGGUGCAACAGCUUCGACUGCAGGACUUUCGCUAUGUGGGAUUUUGCUGUGGUGGUGGCUUACUUUUGGCAUUCAUUGUGUUCGUGGCUGAGCUGUUGCCAUUCUACGUCAAUGUGUGGCUGGAUAGCUUGUAG